AUGCCCCCUGUGCGGGUUACUCUUGACGAUGACUACGACGAUGACGAUGGGGGUGGCUGUGCUGAUGGUGAAGGUGAAUGUGAUGGAGUUGAGAGGGAGGUUCGUGAGGUUAGGGAGGUUGAUGGGGAGAGUGAUGACGUGGAGAGGGAGAGUGUCCGGGAGAGGAGGAUGUCGAGUUUUGCUUCGAUGCGGGAGAGGGUUGGGAGGAUUGAUUGGUCUGAGGGACUGGGUUGGAGUGGGGUUGGUCUUUUAGUUGGGUGUGGUUUGGACGUCGUUGGGUUUUUGGGUUUUGUUGUUGGCGGUUGGGUGUGGUCUUUGAGGGGGAAGGUGGAAAAGGUAAAGGCGAUGGAGGCCGCGAGGAGGAGAGGGAGACGGUUGAAUGCGUUGAAGAUGUUGAGGAGGGGAGGGAGAUGGUUGAGGGGCUUGGGGAGGGGGGUUGUUCUGUUGAGGAUUGCGUAG